UGCUGUUGCAAGUGCAGCAGACGAGCCUCUCCCCCUGGGGGCACAGCCAUGUCCCCUGGAGGGACUCAGUGACUCCUUCUAUUUACCUGGCAGUCUUGGUGGCGGUGGGGUGGAGCUUGCCACACCAGAAAGCAGCCAUGGGCAGCAAGGAGCGGUUCCAUUGGCAGAGCCACAACGUCAAACAGAGCGGAGUGGACGACAUGGUCCUUCUCUCCAAAAUCCACGAAGAUGCCAUUGUUGAAAACCUGAAGAAGCGUUUCAUGGAUGACUAUAUCUUUACCUACAUCGGACCGGUCCUGAUCUCUGUCAACCCCUUUAAACAGAUGCCCUACUUCACUGACCGGGAAGUUGAACUAUACCAAGGAGCGGCUCAGUAUGAAAACCCACCCCACAUCUACGCGCUGACGGACAACAUGUACCGCAACAUGCUCAUCGAUGGGGAAAACCAGUGUGUCAUUAUCAGUGGCGAAAGCGGAGCCGGGAAGACGGUGGCUGCCAAGUACAUCAUGGGCUACAUUUCCAAAGUAUCCGGGGGUGGAGAGAAAGUGCAGCACGUCAAAGACAUAAUCCUCCAGUCUAACCCACGGCUAGAAGCUUUCGGCAAUGCCAAGACUGUCCGGAACAACAAUUCCAGCCGAUUUGGGAAGUACUUUGAGAUUCAGUUCAGUCGAGGAGGUGAGCCAGACGGAGGGAAGAUCUCCAACUUCCUGUUGGAAAAAUCCCGGGUGGUAAGCCAGAACGAGAGCGAGAGGAACUUUCACGUUUACUAUCAGCUCAUUGAAGGAGCCUCGCAGCAGCAGAAACAAAACCUGGGGCUCAUGAAUCCCGACUAUUACUAUUACCUAAACCAGUCGGAAACGUAUAAAGUCGAUGGCACGGACGACCGAAGCGAGUUUCAGGAUACUAUGAACGCUAUGGACGUGAUUGGCAUCUCGGGUCAAGAUCAGCAGCUUGUGCUACAGAUUGUGGCCGGCAUCCUUCAUCUCGGCAAUAUCGGAUUCCAGGAGCAAGGCAACUAUGCCCAGGUGGAGACUCCUGACUCGCUCGCUUUUCCUGCCUACCUCUUGGGGAUUGACCAGACCCGCCUUGAGGAGAAGUUGACGAGCAGGAAGAUGGACAGCAAAUGGGGAGGCCGGUCGGAGUCCAUCCAUGUAACUCUCAAUGUUGAGCAAGCUUCCUAUACCCGUGAUGCCCUUGCCAAGGGCCUCUACUCUCGUGUCUUUGACUUCCUUGUGGAGUCUAUCAAUAAAGCCAUGCGGAAGCCAAACGAAGAGUAUAGCGUGGGUGUGCUGGACAUUUAUGGGUUUGAAAUAUUUCAGAGAAAUGGCUUUGAACAAUUCUGCAUCAAUUUUGUGAAUGAAAAACUUCAACAGAUUUUCAUUGAGCUGACCCUCAAAGCAGAGCAGGAAGAAUACGUGCAGGAAGGUAUCAAGUGGACCCCCAUUGAGUAUUUCAACAACAAGGUUGUCUGUGACCUCAUUGAAAACAAGGUGAAUCCUCCAGGCAUCAUGAGUGUUUUGGAUGAUGUGUGCGCCACGGUGUAUGCUAAGGGCGAAGGUGCGGACCAGACGCUCCUGCAGAAGCUCCAGUCGGCUGUGGGAACCCACGAGCAUUUCAACGGAUCGAGUUCGGGAUUCAUCAUCCACCACUACGCUGGCAAGGUGUCCUAUGACGUCAGCGGCUUUUGUGAGAGGAAUCGGGAUGUGCUGUUCACCGAUCUGAUAGAGCUGAUGCAGAGCAGUGACUUCGGCUUCAUUCGGGCACUGUUCCCCGAAAAACUUGAUGCCGACAAAAAGGGACGUCCCACCACAGUCGGUACCAAAAUCAAGAAACAGGCCAACGACCUUGUGAAUACCCUGAUGAAGUGCACACCCCAUUAUAUCCGCUGCAUUAAGCCCAACGAGACCAAGAGGCCUAGAGACUGGGAAGAGAGCCGGGUGAAGCACCAAGUGGAAUAUCUGGGCUUGAAGGAGAAUAUCCGUGUCCGCAGAGCUGGGUUUGCCUAUCGCAGGCUGUUCCAGAAAUUCCUUCAGAGGUAUGCCAUCCUGACCCCAGAGACAUGGCCCAGGUGGCGGGGAGACGAGCGCCAAGGGGUCCAGCACUUGUUGAGAUCCGUCAAUAUGGAUAUGGACCAGUACCAGAUGGGCCGCACAAAGGUUUUUGUCAAGAACCCAGAAUCGCCCAUUAAACGUGAUUUCAUCUUGACCCCCAAAUACUUCUACCUAAUUGGCCGCGAGAAGGUGAAGAAAGGCCCGGAAAAGGGCCAGAUCCGGGAAGUGCUGAAGAAGAAGGUGGAGAUCCAGGCUGUCCACAGGGUAUCCCUCAGCACCAGGCAGGAUGACUUCUUCAUCCUUCAUGAAGCCGAGGCCGACACUCUCCUGGAGUCCAUCUUCAAGACGGAACUCGUCAGCCUGCUCUGCAAACGCUACGAAGAGGCGACCCACAACAAGCUCCAGCUCAGCUUUAGUGACACACUACAGUUCCGUGUGAAGAAGGAAGGCUGGGGCGGAGGGGGGACCCGAACGGUGACUUUCCUCAGUGGGCAGGGAAGCGUGGCUGUCCUCAAAGCAGCAGGGAAAGCUCUUUCGGUCAGCAUUGGAAGUGGACUCCCGAAGAACUCCAAACCCACCAGGAAAGGACUCCAGACAACCAAAGGUUCCCACACGCGCCUGCCCCCACCACGAGCCGCCCCGCCAGCCCCAAGAGGGAGAACUCUCGCAGCAGGACCCUGCAGGAAUGGGGCCCCGCAGUUUCCUCGGAACAGCACCCGGGGGCCAGACAACACAUACACCACGCCCCAAAGGCAGGGGCAACGGCCCCCGGCCACCGCCCUGCCCAAGCAAGGCCAGGCUCGGCGGCCCAAGGCAAGACAACCUUCUGAGCACAACCUGGACUUCCUCAACGUUCCGGAUGAAGGGAUGGCUGGGGCACAAAGGAAGAAAAGCAUCGGGCAACGGCCACUUCCGGCCCGACCGAAGCCACCCCAGCCGAGGCCCUCGGGCCCCCGCUGCCAAGCUCUGUACCAGUACCACGGGCAGGAUGUGGAUGAGCUCAGCUUCAAUGUAGGAGAUGUUAUAGACAUCCUGAUGGAAGAUGUCUCCGGCUGGUGGAAGGGCCGUCUCCACGGGCAAGAAGGGCUUUUCCCUGGGAAUUACGUACAGAAGAUUUGAGCAGAGUCAGAGGCCCAGGAGCAGGAUGAAGGCACCGAGUCAGUGAGGACGCUCUGAACUGCCCCAUAAAACUGAGCGAGCGCUUAUGGCUAACUAUGGGAGGAGCUUGGUUCAACAAAGCUGGAGGAAGAGGUCUCUCUCGGUAACUGUCUGAAAGCAGAAGGACUGGCCAAGGGCUGUCUCUGCCCUCCUUUGUUUUACGGCUGAGAUCACCAAAAAAGGGGGAGAAGCAGAACCAACCCUAACUCACCCUAGCAUGUGUGUUGUUUACUCAUUAGCUGCCUGGUGCUAUUUGGCCAAGGGAAGGGUGGUGGUGGAAGUCUUCUAAGGAACAGAAGCUCCUCAGCACAGACCCACAGAUAUCUCAUAGC